CAAAAGACCGACAAUGCCACCCCCAGAGACCCAGCAUUACUGGCUCCCCGGCUACGGGCUCUCGCGCUCCAUCGUCCUCAGCCAGAUCCAGUACUUCCUGGGCCCAGCGGCGAGUGCGCGGCCGUAUUCCCAUCAGAUUCCCUCGCCGCAGGGCCGAGACGGCUAUCUCAUCACCGGCGUACCCUUGACGCGGGACCAGAUCGACGAUCUCGCGGCUAUGUCCAGGGAAUACGAACGGCAGGAGUCGCUUCGUAUGGCUGGUGAUAGCAUUAAUGGGAGCUAUGGCUAUAGCAGCUGCAGCAGUAGCGGGGCAAGUCCGACAGCUCGAUGUUCGGGGGGGAGAGAAGGAGAGGAGCCGUAUAUCAAUGAGAUUGUGUGGAUCAGGGGUGCCGGUUAUACUAAUGGUCAUGGUGAGACGGGUGGGCGACGGCGCGUGAGGGGGCUGGGGUCGAGUCGGAGGCGGGUGAGGUAG